AUGGCAUUCAAUAUAUUAUUUUUAAAUAAUCUUGGAGAGAGGAUUUUGCAGUAUUUUAACGCGUCGUUAAAGCCGGGAAGAAGAGUUACUAAGGAUUGGUUCAUGAUAAAUCCAACACACUUUUUUAUAGUUUUUUUUGCAUAUAUUAUUUUUGUUUUUAUUGCAUAUAUAUAUAAGUCUUUAUAUGCUACUCGUCAAAAUUCUGAUAAGCUAUCAAAAAUAAAACCAAACUCAAAAAUUAAAAACUCUCAAAGCAAUACGGCCAUUCAAAAGAUAGUACCUAUAUACAAUUUAAUACAAGUAUUAUUAAGCACUAUUAUAUGUGUCUUAACAAUUUAUAAUGCAAGAAAACGAGGAUUUAAACUAUUUUAUAAUUAUGUAGAUUUUUCAAAAACAAAUAUUGCAUUUUGGUGCUGGCUAUUUUACUUAAAUAAAAUAUUUGAUUUUGUCGAUACAAUAUUAAUUACUAUUAAACAAAAUUGGAACCAAUUUUCUUUUUUACAUGUUUAUCACCAUAUUUCAAUUUUUCUAAUUAUGUGGAUAAACACAAGCAUUGGAUAUGAUGGCGAUGUCUAUUAUAUAAUAGUAUCUAACUCAUUUGUGCAUUCCAUUAUGUAUGCUUACUACUUCUUUGCAAGUUUAAAAUAUAAAAUACCAGUUUAUUUGAAAUCGUGUGUUACCUAUAUCCAAAUGUUACAAUUUGUUUCAAUGAUCUUACCAGGAUUUUGUAUUUUCUUUUUAAAAUAUAAAACCCCCCAUCCAAUUAGGUUAGUAGGAUUAUGCUUCUACUAUUGUAUUACCCUUUUAAUUUUAUUUUUCCAUUUUUCAUAUAAAACAUAUAUACGCCCAAAAACAAAAGUUGCAUAA